AGAGUUGUGUGUGUGUUGUCAAACAUAACCUCACCAAUUGUUGCCUUAUUUGUCGUGUGACCACAAGUAUAUAAUAAAAAAAAAAUAUAUAAUAAAAACUACCAAACAAUAUUUACCUAACAAUUGUAUUGUUAUUAAAUAGUUAAUACAUGAAUCUCAUAUUAUUUAAUUACAAUCAAUUGUUAAUUAAAUAAAACUUGUGUUAAACUCCUAAUCAUCACCAUCAUCAUCAUCAUCAUCAAUCAUAUAUUUACAAAGUUAACAAUAUUAUAAAUAUUGUUAUAUUGUUUAUUUUAAAAUGACCAAUUUAUUUGACAUUUCCAACAAGUUAACAUCAGCUCUCAAUGACAGCAAUGAUGCAUUUAUCAAACUUUGCCAUAUCACCACUUCAGAUAUUGAAACAGGAAAAUUAAGUCUAGUACAAGUUAUAAUUGAACUUGACAAAUUUCUUACAAGUACUGAAUCAAAUGAUAGACUUAAUGGCGUACGUUUUUUAUCAACAAUAUUAUCACAACUGUCAUCAGAAUAUUUAUCUGAACAAGAAACAAAUACAAUAGCAAAAUUUUACUGUGAUCGUUUGAAAGAUCAUCAUACUUUAAUACCAUCAAUUAUAUUUGGAAUUUUGUCAAUAGUUAAAAUGAAAAAUUUAACAAAAGAUUCAGCAUUUAAAUUAUUUCAUGGUAUUACACAAAAUGUACGUUGUCAAUCAGAAGAACGUGAAACACGUGAAAAUAUUUAUUUAAUAUUUAAAAUAUUAUUUGAUACAAAAUCAGAUGAUUUAAAAACAUUUGGUCCUGAUAUUAUUUAUGGUAUUUUAUCAUCAAUUGAUCCAGAAGCUGAUCCAAGAAAUUUAAUUAUUUUAUUUAAUUUUCUUCCAAAUUUUAUAAAAACAUUUAAACUUGGUCAUUUAACUGAAGAAAUGUUUGAUUGUUUAUCACGUUAUUUUCCAGUUGAUUUUAAUUCACAAUCACAACAAAAUAAAAAUCAAAUAGUAACACGUGAACAAUUAUCAAAUGGUUUAGAAAAUUGUCUAUCAGCAAUACCAGAAUUUGCUGAAUUUUGUUUACCACUUAUUAUUGAUAAAUUAAGUUCAAAUGUUAAAUUAGCUAAAAUUGAAUCAUUGAGAUUAUUAUCAAAAAGUUCAUCGGUAUUUGGUGCUGAAGGAUUAAAAGAACAUCUUGCUGAACUUUGGCCACUAAUUAGAGCUGAGCUAUUACCUGGUAAUGAUCAAGAAAUUAAAAUAGCUGGUCUUUUUGCACUUGAAAAUAUUACAAAAGCACUUGCAGAAGAUAAAAAUAUUUUUGAAAAAUUUGUAUCACUUGUUAUAAUUGAUGUUAAAUCAUCAUUAAGUGAUAUAGAAUUAAGUUUAUUUGAUCCAGCUGAAAAAAUAUUAAAAACAAUUGCUAAAUCUUGUGAGGAAAGUUGUACACAAGUGUUAGCUGUAUUUGUACCAAUGUUACUUGCUCAAUAUACAACUAAAACAACAAUUGUUGAUAAAGCAAAACUCAUUGAAUCUUUAAAUGGUUUUAUAAAUAUUGCAGCAACACAUGGAUUGGCAAUAUCAAGUGUUCCAACACUUGCAUGGACAGAUAUACCAGGUUUAUAUUUAAAUGAAUUAUCAAGCAAUGAAGUGUCAUUGAAGCUCAAAGCAUUUAUUGGUUUAUCAUAUCAAAAAUUAUUUUUAAAUGACACACAAAGAGCAACAUUGUAUGAUAAAAUUUGUAUUGAAAUUGAUGCUGGAACAUCAGAGUUAAUGAUACCAUGUCAAAAUGUACUUGCUGUUUUUACUGAGUGUUAUCCAACAGAAAUAUUAAUACUCAUUGAGACAAGACUUGAAAUUGAUGCUAGUAAAUGUAAAACAAAUUGUUCAACAUCAAUUAUUAUCAAUCGAAUAAAUGCUUUAACAUCAAUUGCUGCAAUUCCAUCAGUUGCAUCAACAAUAUUACCAAAAAUUAUUGAUCAAACUGCUACAAUUACUGAUGAUAUUAAUUCAACAGCUUUAUUGUGUAUUGAACGACUUGUUCAACUUGAUAAUUAUGAAGAAUUUAAAAUACAUAAUUAUCUUCAAAAUAAUUGUAAAAUUAUUGAUAGAUUAAUUAAAUCAUCAGCUGAUGUUAAUCACAAAAAUAUACAUAUUAUAUCGAGAAUUUGUUGUUUAAUUAUGAGAAAACUUGAUAUUGAUGAACAAAAAAAUGUUAUUAAUCAACAUUAUAAUAGUCAAGUAUUACAGUUGUCAAAACAAAUUGUACUGUUGGAAGGAUUAAUAACACCUCUGCAUUCAAGUGUCUUAUUUUUGCAUGAUGUUGAUUCAUUACUUGAUAAUUUAUUGAAUAUUUGUUUAGAAAACCAAGAAGAACAGUCAACAUUAUCAUCCUGCAAAUUGGUGGCUGUAUUGAUUAAUAAAAUGGAAGAAAAUAUUAAAUUUGGCAAACAUUUAAAUAUAUUUCAUGAGAAAAUUGUUGAUAUUCUAGAGACAACUCAUGAUGGUGAGGAUGAUGAGAUGAAGGGAAAAUCAAAUGUUUGUGAAAUUAAAAAAUUGGCAGUUGUUCUUUUAGCUUGGAUAACCAAAGGUCUUAUUAUCAAAGGCAGUAGUCGUGCACAAGAUUUUCUUGACAUGUAUUUUAAUACACUUAAAAUGGAGGACAUUGGUGAAUAUGCUGGUGAAAAAAUUAACAUUUUAAUUGACAAAAAUGAAACAACACUGUCAAUUGAUAAUCAUUGCAAUGUUAAAAUUUUUUAUAAACAAAGAAUAUUUCAAAAUUUUCUUCAGCAAUAUCAAAAAUUUGAGGAGAAAAAUUCAAGACAAAAUUAUUUAAUUGCAUUAGUUCAUUUGAUUGAGGAAAUACCAAUGGAGUUGCUUUUGAUGCAUUUAUCAAAGAUUGUACCAUUAUUGAUAAAAGUUCUUUCACUGGAUAAUGAUAAUGUCAUCUUGUUAGUUUUAAAAAUUUUUAAACCAAUGAUUGACACAAAACAUGAAAUAUUUGCUCAACAAAUUGAUGCAUUUAUUCCAGCAUGUUUGAAUUUAGUUAAAAACAAAAAAAUGCAUAUUAGAAUAGCAGCUUUAAAUUGUAUAAAUAGCUAUUGCAAUUAUCCAAAUGAUAUUAUUAAAAUUUACAAAGAAAAUGUAUUGGAUAAUUUGUCAUUAUCAUUGGAUGAUCCAAAACGUCUUGUUCGUCAAAUAGCAACAAAAACAAUAACAAGAUGGUAUCUCAUCAAUGCACCUGGUGGCAAAGAAUAGUUUUAUUUAUAUAAACUAUUCAC